AUGGAUAAAAACGAGCUGGUACAGAAGGCCAAACUGGCCGAGCAGGCUGAGCGAUAUGACGACAUGGCAGCCUGCAUGAAGUCUGUAACUGAGCAAGGAGCUGAAUUAUCCAAUGAGGAGAGGAGUCUUCUCUCAGCUGCUUAUAAAAAUGUUGUAGGAGCCCGUAGGUCAUCUUGGAGGGUCGUCUCCAGUAUUGAGCAAAAGACGGAAGGUGCUGAGAAAAAACAGCAGAUGUCUCGAGAAUACAGAGAGAAAAUAGAUACUGAGCUAAGAGACAUCUGCAAUGAUGUACCGUCUCUUUUGGAAAAGUUCUUGAUCCCCAACGCUUCGCAAGCAGAGGGCAAAGACUUCUAUUUGAAAAUGAAAGGAGACUGCUACCGCUGCUUGGCUGAAGUUGUGGCUGGUGAUGACAAGAAAGGGAUUGUGGAUCAGUCACAGCAAGCAUACCAAGCAGCUUUUGAAAUCAGCAAAAAGGAAAUGCAACCAACACAUCCUAUCAGACUGGGUCUGGCCCUUAACUUCUCUGUGUUCUAUUAUGAGAUUCUGAACUCCCCUGAGAAAGCCUGCUCUCUUGCAAAGACAGCAUUUGAUGAAGCCAUUGCUGAACUUGAUACAUUAAGUGAAGAGUCAUACAAAGACAGCAUGCUAAUAAUGCAGUUGCUGAGAGAUAACUUGACAUUGUGGACAUCAGAUACCCAAGGAGAUGAAGCUGAAGCAGGAGAAGGAGGGGAAAAUUAACCUGCCUUCCACCUUUUGUCUGCCUCAUUCUAAAAUUUACAGAGUAGACCAUUUGUCAUCCAUGC